AUAAAAAAUAAACACAAAAUCAAAAACAACAAACUUAAUCAACGCUUAAACAAAACUCCUAAACUAAAACUAAAAUACGCAAGUGAAGUUAUUACUCUUUAGUUGCUAUUGCCCCCACAAAAUGCUGCCAAACCACGCCUGAGCCUCAAAUCUCAAUCUCAACCUGAACAAGGGCCAGAACCAGAACACAACUGUGAUCAUAGACAUAACAACGAGCCGGGAAACUGAGAGGUAACCAGAGCAGAGCCACAGCCAAAGAUGAGGGAAUCGGGGGACACAGCCAUAGCCAGCAGCCUGCCAGCAGACCGCAACUGAGCGAUUUAUAGAUCCGCAGAUAAUACCGGGGCCCGGAAAUCGGAAUCAAUUGCCCCGGCGAUAGCAAUCGGCAGAGGAAAAGGAACGAACAGCGGACAUCGGCCACAGAAGCAGCACAUUCGCCAACGGAGGCUGUAAUGACGACAAUUGACGCGAUGUAGCGCAGACUUAUGGUCGGCGAACGCGACAGGGACCGUGAGGCGGUACGCUGGGCAACGGGUGAAUCAACACCGCUUCAAACCAAUAAUGGAGUAUUACAAAUGGUCGGGCAAUUGCAAGGUGGACAGGCUGCUGGCCAGCAACAACAGCAUCAGCAACAGCAACAAGCGACUCAGCAGCAGCAGCAGCAACAAAAGCAGCAGCAACAGCAACUGCAACAGCAGCAACACAAGCAACAGCAGCAGCAACAGGCAGACAUCCUGUAUCAGCAACAUAACGAGGCAAUUGCAAUUGCACGCGGACUGCAGAAUGCGGCUGCAACACCUGCCGACAUCGGCGAUAAUCAGCCGUACUACGAUACAAGCGGCAAUGUCGAUUGGGAGCGGGCGAUGGGAGCCGGUGGAGCUGGUGCAUAUGGUGGCCUCGGCAUCGGAUCUCUGCCAGCAGCUGGCCAUGCUGCUUAUCACCUUGGGCCAGCUAAUGCCGCACGUCACCUGGAUUACGCUGAUGGCGGCCAUCCUGCUCUGCCAUCCGCCGGUUUAUCUGGAGGAGGUGUAUCGCUAUCGGGAGGAGGAGGAGGAUCUGCAGGAGCAGGAGGAUCUGCAGGAGGAGGACCCCCCGCAGCAGGCAAGGAAGUUCGCUACGCCCCAUUCCCAGUCGCAUCACCAACGCACUCGAUUCCCACAACCUCCCAGCAGAUCGUUGGCAGCAUCUUGGGUGGCGGCGGGGUCGUCGGUGGUCCAGGCGAAGGUAGUCAAUCCAUUUCCGGCGGAGGAGCUAGUGGUCCACCAGCCUCCUCCGUACCAACCACCGGCGCCCUGCAGCGGACACAUUCCAGAUCCAUGUCCUCCAUACCGCCGCCCGAGCCGUUCAUGAUAGCCCAGUCGAAGGCGGUCAAUAGCCGCGUGUCCAUCAACGUGGGCGGGGUGAGGCACGAGGUGUUGUGGCGAACGCUCGAGCGGCUGCCACACACGCGACUCGGGCGGCUGAGGGAGUGCACCACCCACGAGGCCAUCGUGGAGCUGUGCGACGACUACUCGCUGGCGGACAACGAGUACUUCUUCGAUCGACACCCGAAGAGCUUUAGUUCCAUCCUCAACUUCUAUCGCACCGGCAAGCUGCACAUCGUCGACGAGAUGUGCGUGCUCGCGUUUAGUGAUGACCUGGAGUACUGGGGUGUGGACGAACUGUACCUGGAGUCCUGCUGCCAGCACAAGUACCAUCAGCGCAAGGAGAACGUCCACGAGGAGAUGCGCAAGGAGGCCGAGUCCCUGAGGCAGAGGGACGAGGAGGAGUUCGGCGAAGGUAAAUGCGCCGAGUACCAGAAGUAUCUGUGGGAGCUGCUCGAGAAGCCGAACACCAGCUUCGCCGCCCGGGUUAUCGCAGUGAUAUCCAUACUAUUCAUAGUCCUGUCUACCAUAGCCCUGACGUUGAACACCCUACCACAACUACAACACAUUGACAACGGUACACCACAGGAUAAUCCGCAAUUGGCAAUGGUUGAGGCCGUGUGUAUCACGUGGUUCACUCUAGAGUACAUACUUAGGUUUAGCGCCUCGCCGGACAAGUGGAAGUUCUUUAAGGGCGGCUUGAACAUAAUCGAUCUAUUGGCAAUACUCCCAUACUUUGUUUCGUUAUUUCUAUUGGAAACGAAUAAGAAUGCAACGGACCAGUUCCAGGAUGUGCGUCGGGUGGUGCAGGUCUUUCGCAUCAUGCGCAUCCUGCGAAUCCUUAAGCUGGCCCGUCACUCAACGGGCCUGCAGUCGUUAGGCUUUACGCUGCGUAACUCAUAUAAGGAACUCGGUCUACUAAUGCUGUUCCUGGCCAUGGGCGUUCUCAUAUUUUCUUCGCUGGCAUAUUUUGCCGAAAAGGAUGAAAAGGAUACAAAAUUCGUUUCAAUACCGGAAACAUUUUGGUGGGCGGGUAUUACAAUGACAACUGUUGGCUACGGGGACAUCUAUCCCACAACUGCACUGGGAAAGGUUAUUGGUACUGUGUGUUGCAUAUGCGGUGUUCUGGUAAUCGCUUUGCCUAUUCCCAUCAUCGUUAACAAUUUUGCUGAAUUUUAUAAGAAUCAGAUGCGCCGCGAGAAGGCCCUCAAGCGUCGCGAGGCGCUCGAUCGUGCCAAGCGCGAGGGCAGCAUUGUCUCCUUCCAUCAUAUCAAUCUGAAAGACGCCUUCGCCAAGUCCAUGGAUCUCAUCGAUGUGAUUGUCGACACAGAAAAGCGCGAGAGUCACACACGAUCACUCAAAAAUUGGCACCGUUUAACCCACGCGCUCCGCCGAUCGCCCACAGGCCACAAUCUCUCGCAAACGGACGGCAACAGCACCGAGGGCGAAUCCACCAGCGGACGCAACCCGGCCACCACCGGAACCGGGUGCUACAAGAACUACGACCACGUAGCCAACCUGCGCAACUCCAACCUGCACAACCGACGUGGAUCCAGCUCUGAGCAGGAUGCAGUGCCGCCCUACAGCUUCGACAAUCCGAAUGCCCGCCAGACCUCGAUGAUGGCCAUGGAGAGCUAUCGCCGCGAGCAGCAGGCAUUGCUGUUGCAACAGCAGCAGCAGCAACAGCAACAGCAGCAGCAACAGAUGUUGCAGAUGCAACAGAUUCAGCAAAAGGCCCCCAAUGGCUCCAGUUCGGGAGUGGCCAAUAACCUGGCCAUGGUGGCCGCCUCGAGUGCGGCAACAGCUGUGGCCACCACAGCCAAUAAUCCCAAUAAUGCCACAAAUGCCAGUAAUAUACCAGUUACCCAGGAAUCGGAGGGCGCCGAAGGAGGCGGAGGCGGUGAAGGGGGCGGGGCAGAUGACGAUAACCUCUCGCAGGCCAAGGGACUGCCCAUCCAGAUGAUGAUCACGCCCGGGGAAGUGGCCGAGCUGCGUCGUCAGGUGGCUCUGGAGAACCUGCAGAACCAGCGGAUGGACAAUCUGGAGCAGGACGUGCCCGUGGAAUUCGAGUGCUGUUUCUGCACAACCAAGGACUUCAAGGAGUACACGGAUGCGGAGGGCGUGAUCUCGCUGCCCACCUCCGACUUCCACAAGCCGAUCUGCCUGGAGAUGCGACUGGCGGCGGCGAGUCGUCAGGCGGGAGUCUUUGGCCUCCUGUCGCCCCAGUCGGUGGCACUGCCCCUUCAGGGACCGCUCCUGGCCCUGCCCCCGCCGCCCGUCCCCCUGCAACCACCCACAUCCGUUGCCGUCCUUUUGCCCGCCAUCUCGCAGUCCUCGUCCACAUCCUCGUCGUAUGGCACCACCACCUCGACCACCAUCGCUUUGCCACUGGAUGUAUCUUUGAGAUACGGAGCCACCAUUUGCAGUUCCUCUAAUUUCAACCACAACUUCAACAAUAACUUCAAUACCACCACUGUGGGUGGUGUGGGUGCCAAUGGUUCGCUGCUGUUCGGUGGAAACUACAAUGGUUCAAAUAACAACAAUGCGGAUUUGGCCAGUGUGGAUAGUUCGGAUACCUAUGCCAGUUGUCAAACGCAUCCCUUCCUCUCCCAAGGAGAUCUUACCGCGGAUUUCAACGAUGAAGCCUGUGCUCUGGACAUUGAUAUGGAUAAUCUGUACAUAAAUCCUUUGGAGAGAGAGCAGCAUCAGGGCAUCAGCAGCUCCACGGGCUUCAUUGUGGGUCUGCCCAGCACACAGUCUUCGGGUGCUUUGCGUGCCCAGGUGAAGAAGAGUGCCUCCGGGGACACGGCCCUGAGGAAUUUGGCCUGCGGAGGAGCAGGAGCUGGAGGUAUGAGUCCCUUGGACGAUGUCUACCAGAGCUUCGAUGUCCAGGAGCGGGGCAGUCGGGUCAGCUUGAAUGAGAACUCAGUGCCAAAGCAUCGGAAGACGCGUUUCCAGCAGAGCUUCACCGCCAUGCGACCGACAGGUGGCGCCACCGGUGGUGGUGGUGUGAGUAUCCUUGGGGGCAUGCGACCCAGAGCCCGUUUCGAGGACACUAAGCUCGAUGACGAAGAGAGGGGCGGGAGGAUGGAGGAGGCGGCCAGCGGAUCCGGAUUCCUCGGCGGCGGACCCCAGGGACCCCAGAAGAAGAAGCGCUCGGUUUUCAUGCCGGGCAAGAGCUUAGCCACUGCCACCAAACUGAUCAACCAGCAUUUGUUUGGCAUACAGAAUGUGGGCGCCAAAGCCAAGUUCGAGAGCAAGCAUUCCUCAUCGAUAGACUCGAUUGACGCCUCGCCCAAUCUGGAGCACCACCGGCGCUCCAAGUCGAUCCUGAAAAACAAGUCUGAUAUCUCGCGCGUCCUGUCCGAUCCAGAAAGCGAGCGCCUCCUGGCGGACAACAUGUCCGGCUCUGGAGUCUCCGACAACGGCACCGUAAUGGGCGAAUCCGGCAGCGAUUACUCACCGAAUAAAUUACCUCAUUCAGUUUUAGCUAAGUCUAUAUCCCCACCACCCCUCAGGCACCGCACCCUAAUGCACCAGCGCUCAGGACCAGCGACUUUGCAAUCGAAGCCCACGAAGUUCCAGACGCCCCGUUAUCCCGAGGAGCAGGCUCUGCGCCAGGUGAAGCCGCUCCUCUCGCGCGGACCUCAGGCCACAUCCGCCUCCGCAUCCGCAGGAUCCGCGGAUGGCCAGCAGACCAGGGACAGCAGUCUGGACUCGGAGACGACCUUCACAUCGCCCGUGAGCAGUCGAGCUGGAGAAGAUCCCCCAACUGCAGCCGCUCCCAGUCAAGUGGCAGUUCCCAGUCAAGUGGCGCCCAACCAGGAGGAUCGCGAGGAGGAGGGCGAGGCGGAGGCCAACGACGAGCAGAGGGCCCUUCUCCAAGGACGCGACGCCGAGGAGGCGAAGAGGGCGGGCAAUGAGGGCACGUAGCAAAUAGGGAGCCACACACAAGCCCCGAAAAUGUAAAAAAUUCAAACCUUUUAUUCCAAGGGAAACCCUCACACACAACACACACACACACACCCCUUCAUACACACACAAAACAUACAAAAGGGAAAACUCAAAGUGAUAGCAAAGUUAGCAAACAUGGAAUGUGAAUUAUAUAAAAGCAAUGAACAGUAUCCUAGUCUAGAGAUGGUGGAUCCCCGGAAUUCGAUCUGCGUAUUUUUACAAAUAGGAAAAAGGGAAAUCGAUAAUGGAAAAUGGAAGAGCUACCCCGAGCUAGCCGCGCAAGUCGUACAAAAGAAGCAUAACAACAAAAGAAAAUAUUAUUAAAUAUACCUAAUAAUAAUAAUAAUAACCUAAACGUAAUGCUACCGUGUAAAUAGCAGAGCCCAAUCCACUCGUGUACAGAGCAACCUUUAUUUACCGCCUUCAGGACACAGCUAACAGAAAAAAACCGAACAAAAAAAAGAUAUAUAGACGAAAUCACCAGAAAAGCCUAAAUAGCAACAAAUGAAACGGAAAUAUUCAUAUUUUGAAUGCAACUUAUAAGUAUAUACAAGAAAUAUAUAGAAUAUACACGCAUCGCAAUUGCAGCUCGCAUAUUUACACAUUAUAUAUAUACAAAGCUAAACGAUAUAUAAACUAUUUUUCAAAACCAAGCGCGCGCUAAACUUGAGGAUUGGGGAUACCCUAUAAAUUAGAUCCGCAUAUGCAUAUAUCUGUAUGUAAAUCGUUCGUAUCGUUCGCGUAUCGUUCAAAUUCAUAAUGUCAAAAUGUCAAAAAGUAGUUGAAAAAUCGUUGGUUCGUUUCUAUAUCUAUAAGUACAUGUGCGUGUGUGUAGUAGGGCUUAGGGCUUAUCGAUAGAGCUUGGCUUGGCUUGGUCCCCCCGAUAUGAUCUAAUUUGCGUGGAAAUGUAGGGAUUCGUAGGGAUGGCUUGGAUGUAGAUGUUGUUAUUGAUUAUGAGGUGGG